ACUGAGAGCUUAAUGUAAACAGAAGAAUGAGAACGGGAGAAUACGGUGUUUUGGUAUGUGGCUAGCUAGUUUGCUAGCUAGCUAGCAAGCACAGUUCAGAAGGAUUGACAAUAGAACGGUUAAUACAAGCGAAAACAUCAAUAGCAACCCAAUUUCUUUAGGAAGGAAAGACUGUUAGUUGAGAAGUCCGGGGGAUUUCGACAGAAAAAGGCGCUGACAUCACUGCUUGAUUGAAGGGACACUGUGAGAAAACUGCUAACGUUAACAAGCGCUUUAGCUAGCUAGCCAACAAGGUAGCAAGCAGGCUAAGUGCUACUCGGCCGUUCCGUUCCUUUGGCCCAGUGCCCCCACCCCCUGUCGGGAUGACGCGUUGGGGUUCCUGGGGUAUGGGUGCCCGCCUGGUGGUGCUGAUGGUGGCUCUGUGCCUCUCUCUGUCGCCCUCUCCUGGACACGCGUACAUCUACGCCCAUUACAGCAACAGGACGUCUAUGGUGUUCGAAGACCUGCCUGCUCUCUUCGGGAACCAGCUGCCAAAAGAUGGAUUGCUGGGGGUGCUGGUGGAGUCUCGGCCACUCAACGCCUGUCUUCCCAUCGAGCCGCCGCCCACGCCGCUCACUCCUAUCUCUGCCAACCUCACCAAGUUCAUCGUCCUCAUCCAGCGCUUCGACUGCAAUUUUGACAUCAAGGUGCUGCACGCCCAGCAGGCAGGGUACAGCGCAGCCAUCGUUCACAACAUGCACUCAGACGUCCUGCUCAGCAUGGGCUUCAGCGAUGAGAGCAUCGUGCAGCAGAUCGAGAUCCCAUCAGUCUUCACCAGCUACACGGCCUCCCAGCUGCUCAAGAGCUACGUCAUUCCCGAGAGAGGGGCCUACGUGGUCCUCAGGCCCGAGUUUUCCUUCCCUCUGUCCUACUAUCUGAUCCCCUUCACUGGAGUGGUGGGCAUCAUCAUCCUGGUCAUGAUCACCGUCCUGAUUGUGCGCUGUGUGCAGUACAGGAAGAGGAUGCGGAGGAACAGACUGAGCAAAGAACAGCUAAAGAAGAUUCCUGUUCACAAGUUUAAGAAAGGUGAUGAAUAUGAUGUAUGCGCCAUCUGCCUCGAUGAGUAUGAAGAUGGUGACAAGCUGAGGAUUCUGCCCUGUUCACAUGCCUACCACUGUAAGUGUGUGGACCCCUGGCUGACCCAAACCAAGAAGACCUGUCCCGUGUGCAAGCAGCGCGUGACCCGGCCCAACCCCGAGUACUCCGAGUCCGAGUCCGACGGGGAGGCCGGCGGGGCGGCGGCCAGCGAUGAAGAAGGCGGGGCGGAGGCGGAGUCGGAGCGCACCCCGCUGCUCCGCCCCUCCAACCCCGGCUCGCCCUCCUCGGGCAGCCCCGGGGCCUACGCCGCCACGGUGACGGCGGCCCAGUGCCUCGGCUCGGCGGCCUGCUCCGACUCGCCCAUCCUGGGCCACGAGGGCUACUACUCCCCGGAGGAGGACUCGGCCAGUUCCGACGGGGACGGCGACGGCGACGACGCCAGCCUGUCGGACGGAGACACCGCCCACCUCCUGAGGAAUGGCGCGAUCGGGGUCUGAGGGGCCGCGGGGAGUCGCUCGUCUUCUCUGAGAUUUCCCCGAGUCGCGCAGCUACACGUUUCUGCUGUCUUUCGCUCACCACCGUUUCUCACUUCUUUUCCAGACCUCCGAUCCCUUCUGCUGCCUUUUUCGCCUGUCUCCAUUCCCCCAACCCAGCAGCAAAGUCUGUCCCCAGUUUCAGUAUCCCCACUCACUCUGUCUGUCCUGUGUCUGUCCCUAUCUCUAAAUCCAUUUGAUCUCACUCGGCACUAAAUAAACAGUUAUGGGCACUAAUUAGUUUGCAGGUAUAGGCUUCAUCUGUCUCAAUGCAGCUGGCAGAAAGUAGCCAUAAUUGUGCCAGGGGAAACUCAAGCUCAAGGAAAAAAUUCAAGCUACUAGCUAAUUCAAAAAUUAAUUUUUGAUGGCGUCAUUGGCAAACAGUUUCUUCAAGUGAGGGAUUUUUAAGUUGAAUCAUUUGUCUGGGUUUACAGAUGCUCCAGAAAUGAGUCGUUCAUUAACUGUGAUCAGUCCUGCUUUCUACUUUAUAUAUUGCCAGAUAGGUGAAAUGGCCAUUGUGAUAUGGCCUUGCACGCUCUGUGUCUGUGCACGAGCUUGAACGUGUUCGAAAGGGGUCGCAGCUGUGGUUCCUUCGGAAGUCAGGCAUUGAUCUCAUGGUAUCUUUAGCAGAUGCCUUUUUUUAACCUGAAAUUGUCAUCUGUUAGGUAGCGUAAAUCAACUUAAUUUUGGCUGGGAUCAGUGGUAUAUGGCCAGAGCGUAAAAAACACCCGAUUUAUUUGCCCAAACAUGGAAAAACAUCUCCUAUUGUGGAGAAAUGUGCACUCUUUUUUUUUUUUUUCC